CUCAUUCUUUCUUCCACAACAUCAAAAGCACUCAACCCCACGACUUGCUCACUUUCCACCAUGUCCUUCUCCAUGACACGAUGUCCCUCGCUCCGAUACCUUCAGAUCAACAACUGCCUCGAUAAAGCAAGACCCAGCCGCCAAUUCUCCAUCCACCACCCUCUCCGCACGGAAUCCAACACCUCCACCUCCACCUCCGCAUCCGCCAUUGCAACAGCCUUCCUCUCGCGCUUCCAAUCCCUCGGCCCACAAACCCGCACGCAAGUCCUCGACGCCAACCAACUCCAGCUCCUUUCGCUCACUCUCAACCGGCCCUCUCUCUUCCCGGACUCGCCAUCCCUGUCCAACGCCUCCACGCCGCUCCCCACGGGCACCCCACUCCCGGCCGGCUACCACCUCGUCUACUUCACCCCGGCAUUCCUCGAAACCGAACUCGGUAUCGACGGCACCGACACCUCCUACAACCCCGCCGCCCCCUUCACCCGCCGCAUGUGGGCCGGCGGGGAGGUGCAAUGGCCGCGGGACGCCACGACCGGCCAACCGAACCUCCUCCGAGUGGGCCAGGAGGUCCGCGAGACGACGCGGGUGCUGAGCGCCUCGCCCAAGGUCAUCGGCAAGACGGGCGAAGAGAUGAUCGUGGUCGGCGUGGAGAAGGAGUUCCGCAAUGAGGACGGAAUCGCGGUUGUAGAUCGGAGGAACUGGAUCUUCCGCAAAGCCCUAACCUCCCCCUUACCACCAACCCAAACAGCCACCCCACCACCACCACCCACCACAACCGAACUCCCCAAGCCAGCUACCACCACCACCACGACAACCGGAAAAACCCACACGCGCACCCUCCGCCAGACCCCCGUCACGCUCUUCCGGUUCUCGGCCCUGACCUUCAACCCGCACAAGAUCCACUACUCGACGCCGUGGGCGCGCGAGGUCGAGGGCCAUAGGGAUAUCGUGGUGCAUGGGCCGUUGAACCUGAUUGCCAUGCUGGAUCUGUGGCGCGAUACGCGAUCCUCCCGAGAACUGUCGCUGCCGGAGAGGAUCAGCUACCGCGCGACGAGUCCGCUUUAUGUCGAGGAGGAGUAUCGGGUGGUGCUGGAUGAGGAGGGGGCGGAUGGGAUGGGGCGGGUCCAGAUCCUGGGGCCGGGGGAGGUGGUGGCUAUGAAGGCUGAGAUUCGGUAG